GACCAUCUGCCGCCCAACUUCCGCGACGCCGUGCGCACCACUCGUCGCCUAGGGUUCCGCUACGUGUGGAUCGACUCUCUGUGCAUCAUCCAAGGCCCCGACGGAGACUGGGCAGAGCAGGCCCCUCUGAUGGACCGCGUGUACAUGAACGCCGAGCUCUGCCUUGCCGCCGCCGCGUCCGAGGACGCCUAUGGAGGGUUUUUUCGGAGUCGUGACCCAGCGGAUCUGCAGCCCUUCCGCGUCGACCUCCAGCUCCCCGGCGAUGCCUCCCCAUCCUCGAGCAGCAGCCACCCCCAACUCCGGCCCUUCUACGCCUACUGCGGCGGCCAGGACCCCACGAUCCUCUGGGCCGCCUCGGUCGAGCGGGCCCCGCUCAACAGACGCGGCUGGGUGCAGCAGGAGAGGGUGCUGGCGCCUCGCACCGUCCACUUUGGGCAGACGCAGGUGUUUUGGGAGUGUAGACAGCUCCAGGCGUGCGAGGCCGGGCCGGACAGCGCGCUGGCGGGGUUCCAGGAGGCUAUGGUGAAGAAUUGGGAGACCAAAGGGCCCGAUGCAAUUGGCGAGCGGGCUAGGGAGAGGACGAAGCUGUCAUCGUCACCAUUGCCGCCGAUCUCUGCCACGGAUGUUUAUCUUGCUUGGAGGGGCAUCAUCGGGUCCUACUCGAGGUGCGCCCUUAGUAUCGACAAGGACAAGCUGGUCGCCGCCUCGGGGCUCGCCAAGGCGUUCUCGAGACACCUUGGCCAAGAGUACGUCGCAGGGCUCUGGCGGGGCCCCUACCUCGUCAAGGAGCUGCUCUGGACCAGGGCGAAGUGGAACGUCGGCAGCCGCACCACGGCGCGGCGGCACAAGGAGUACCAGGCGCCGACGUGGAGCUGGGCGUCCAUCGAUGGGCCCGUGGAGUGGGGGCUCCAGAACAGGUUCGAGGACUGUGCUGAGGUCGUCGGGGUUGUGGUGGACACCGUCACGAGCGACCCGACUGGUGCGGUGAGGCGUGCUGAGAUUACGCUGUCGGGGUCCCUCGUUCCGCAGCCUCAAGGGUCUGCGCUUGUCGGCGAUUAUAAGAGGUUUAUGGAUGUGGAAGGGGAGGACUUGGCCGUGCCUGGUGAUGGGAUCUAUUUGGCUCCUCUGUGUGUUACCUUUUUGGGUACUACAUGGAAGUCUACGUGGGGACUUAUACUGACAGAUGCUGGUGCAGGACACAAGGGGAAAUACAGGAGGCUUGGCUUGUUUUGUUGCGUGUCACAUUCAGCGAUUAAAUGGUAUGGCACGAGUGAUGCUGUCCAGUUCACUAUUGUCUGA